GAUUUCUCUGAGACGUCCCUAGGUAGAGCUGUGAUCGCUGAAACUAAUUUGUUGAAAUCCACAAAAUUUAAUAUCUUUCGACCCAAAAUUCAUUUGUAAAAUGCAGCAUGAUGAUGUAAGUAAUCAGCUGUAGUUAUACUUUUGUAUUGUUUGUUCAUCAAAACAACCAAGACAAUUAUUGACUAUCACACAUGUGAUUUUUGAGCGACAAUACAGUAAUUUAAACUUUUCAUCGUUCAGGUUAUCUGGAGUAUCAUCAAUAAAAGUUUUUGUUCUUUCAAGACACGGUAAGGCUAAUGUCUAAAUGAUCAAUUGCGUUAAUUUAUUUUCUUUGAUAGUAUGAAAAGUCAACACUUCUGUAGAAAUGAGUACAGCCUUACUGGAUUGUGUAACAGACAUUCUUGUCCAUUAGCGAACAGUCAAUAUGCAACUGUCAGAGAAGAAAAAGGUGAAAUUUUUCUGUAUAUGAAAACCGUAGAACGAGCUGCGUUUCCUAGAAAGCUUUGGGAAAAAGUUAAACUUAACAGAAACCUUGAAAAAGCUCUUGAUCAAAUUAACACACAUCUGGCUUAUUGGCCGAACUAUGUAAAAAAUAAGUGUAAACAACGAUUACUAAGAAUUAGACAGUACUUGACCAGAAUUCGAAGAAUUACCUUGAAGCGUCAAAGAAAAGUUGUUCCAUUGAGCAGAAAAGUCGAACGGCGAGAAGAUAGGCGAGAAAAGAAAGCACUUAUUGCAGCUAGACUAGACACAGCUAUAGAAAAAGAAUUACUCGAUCGAUUGAAAACAGGAACUUAUGGUGAUAUGUACAAUUUCAAUCAGGCUGCAUUUAAUAAAGUUUUGGAUAAAGAAGAGGAGGAUGAAGAUAAUCAAGCUGAGCAAGAAUACGAAGCUUCUUCCGACGAAGAAGAACAAGUUGAAUACGUGGGUGAAGAUGAAUUUGAAAUGAGCGACGAGGAUAUUGAAGAUACCGCAAUUAGAAUACCUGGCGAAGAAUCUGACGAAAGUUCUGAGGAGGAGAAACCUGUGAAGAAAUUAAGUAAGAAAGCCAGAGUUGAAAUAGAAUAUGAGCAGGAGACAGAACCUAAGAGGAAGAUGAAGACUUGAUUUAUAUAUAUUUAUAUAUACAUAUAUUCCCUCAAAUAUUUGUUUUUGAAAAUACACUUCCCUUCGGUGAGGUAUAUAUAUUUUUAUGGAGAUUUCAAUAAAAUAUUAUUGUGAAUACGUAAAUUGAAAUUUUAAUCAUAAAAUAUUUUCCCCAACUAAAUUUUUUUCCAAAGAACUAAUGAAAUUUAUGUGGCUUAAUUUAGCAAAAAAUGACUCCACCAGUUUAUAAAGAGAAUUUUGGAAAAAUUGAAACUUGAAUGUCUCUUUACUGAUACUUUUUUUACAAAGCAUUUAUUAAUAAAA